UAUUAGUGAAACUAACAAUAAAAUUGAAAUUGAAAUUAAUAAAAGUAUUAUGUGUAAUACAACAGCAUUAUCUACAAUUCGAACGGAUAUAAUUCGUAAUAAUAAUUUGAAUAAUAUAAAUAAUAAUAUUAAUCAUAAUAAUGUAGCGAGCAUAAAUUCAGAACAUAUUGCUGUUGAUGUAAUUGAAAGCGCGCCAACAAUUAUGGUGAAGCCAUCAGCACAAAAAACAAAAAAUGAAAAUAAUAAUAUGCGUGAUAUUAUAGAGAAAGCAAUUAAAAUUCAAGAAAAUGUCGAUGAUAGUAAUGAUAUUAAAACAACAAAUAUAAAUGAAAAAUGUACUACAGGAGGACUUAUAACAUCUCCUUAUAAAGGAGUUACAAUAAAUACAAAAGAAAUGGAAAUUAUUCCCCAAGGAAAGCAUUUUCGAUUGGUCGAUGAUUCCGAGCUUCCAGAAAUAAUGAAUAUUUUAGGUCGAUAUCUUCCUGAAUCCCUAAAGUUUCAUGAAACAAUCAAGACGUACCUGAACGACCGAGUAUGGCAGUUUUACUUUUAUGUUUCUAAUAAAUGGCCUGAAGAACCAAUAUGCUUACAUUUCCCUGGUUGCACGCUUACGCCCAACAACAAUAUAUACGAAAGCAUUGCGAUAUUCUGUCCUACUAGUCAUAUACAAUGCAUAGAUUUACUUGAAGAUGAAAAUUUAAUCGAUUGGAAAAAACCAUUGUACCUGAACUAUACUCAUAAAGAAAUUAUGGAACGCGUUGAUCUUUUCUAUAAAAAAAAAGGAACAAUGGAUUUAUUGGGUGGAGACAUAUAUGUAUUUAAAAAUAUAAAUAGCAUAAGUACAGAAGAUCUUCCUUCCAACGAAGUGGAAAUGAGAGCAUUAACAGUAGAUAAUGUAAAAACUAUACAUGAUUUGUAUCCAGCCAGUGAAAUUGAAUGUGUAGAAGUUUUUGAAAAACUCGUACAGACCCUUCCUGGUGUUGGAAUAUUUGUAAAAAAUACUGAUGAAUUAGUUGCAUGGAUGGUACAUUCAUAUUAUGGUGCAAUGUUUUCAAUGCAAACAAAACCCGAAUUUCGGCGUAAAGGUUAUGGAAUUCAUUUGGCACGAAGCUUAACACAACUUGUAAUUAAGAGAGGUUAUUCGCCCUUUGUGAUUAUAAGACCAGAAAAUGAUGCUUCCAGAAAUUUAUAUAUCAAAUUAGGUUUUGAGAAAGUAUACGAAACCGUACGAGCAAAAUUAAAUCCAUUUAUAGUUGCUGAUAAUGGUGAUGAUGGUGAUGGUGAACAUAAUUGUAAAAAUAAUAGGGACCUUAAGAAUGAUGAUAAUAUUAAUGAAAUAUUUGAAAAAAAAUGUAAAGUGAAUGAAGAAUAAAAACGACCUUCUUUUGCUUUUAAAUGUCGUUUUUAGAAUGCGAAAGAUGCCUUUUUUGAAAAUAUUAUAAAAAAAUCACGUAAUUUAAAUUAUAAAAUAAAAAAAAAUAAAAAAAAAACUGGUUAUCAUUUCCGCAAAAGUUGAAUAAAAAUUACAAAGAAAAAACAUAAAAAAUACAUUAAUUAAUUAAUCUAUAUUAUAGAUAAACAGUAAAAUAAAUGAGAACAUUUUUUGUUCUUUAAACUUUACAUUGGAAUUUGUUUUUAAAUUGAAAAUAUAUACAUAUAUUAUACUGAAAGUAGGAUAUGUACUGUGUCUAUUUACUUGGCAGAUGUAACAGAAGUAGAAGAUGCGAAAAUUCAAAAUUUAUUCCUGAUGAAAGUUCAAUAUUUUUGUCUAGUUUAUAGAAUUCGGAUAUAAAAUUAAAUGCUAAACUAUGUGAACAUUUUACAAAUUUAUGAAUAUGAUAAUACCCAUAAAAAAAUAUAUAUUUUAAUACUUUUUAAUUUUAUUUCUGUAAAAUUCAAUUUAAAUAUGUGUUUUAAAAUAGUUCAAACUAAAUAAUUGUGAAAAUAAUUUUUUUAUUAUUGAAACUUUUAAAUUAUAACUAUGGCUUUAAUAACAAUGUCAUCAAUACCAAAUUUGAAGGGAGAUAAAAUGAUCUAUUUUCGCAAUUAAUUUUUUAAAGUUUAAUAUUUUUUUAACUUAUUUUGAAUGUGAUACUUCGCUAUAGUAUUGAAAGAUUUUAUUAAAAAAUGUAUUUCUAAUCAAUGAAAAUUUUAUAAUGUCCUUUGAAAUUAUUUCAACUUUCAAUAAUUAAAUGAUGAAGUUCUGUGAAGUUUCGCCUGUUCUAUUAUGUUACAGUUGUCGUUUAAGAAAAUACACUAUACAUAUCAUAUUUUUAUUAUAUUUGAUAUAAAACAAUUAUAAAUUAAAACAUAAAAAUUAAAUGAAAAAAAAAAAAACACUUUUGUAGCUUUGCAAUUUCGUGAUAAAUUUAUUUUUGUAGAUUCCUUUUAAAUCGUUUUUGGACAAUUAUUAAUUAAAAUGAAAAAAAUCUUUUAUUUUAUUACAUUUUCUAAUAAUUAUAAACAAAUAUCUUUAAGCUAAAUAAAUAUUAUGCUAGCAAAUU